AUGGAAAGCAAUUACACCCCUGUUCCUAAAGAUUCUUUUGUUGAAUUGCAAUUACAUGAUGAUGACCAUAUUUAUGAAUCUAAUGUUAUCCAUAAAGGAAAUUCUUUAAAACUUUUUAACAACGAGGACGAACAAGGGCUUGUAUCGCAUCGAAUCGACAAUUUAGAAACCGAUGAUGUCUUUGAUACAAACAAACCGAACCCGAAUUCUGGGAUUUAUGGUGCUGUGUUUAAUUUAACCACAACUGUAAUUGGGGCUGGCAUUAUGGCCUUGCCUGCAACAAUGAAAGUUUCGGGUUUGGUUUUUGGAGUUAUGCUGAUUUUCUUCAUGGGGAUUUUGUCAGAAAUUAGUAUCGAGUUGCUUGUUCGGUUCAGUGUGCAAUGUAAGGCUUUAUCUUACGGGGAGAUUGUUGAAGAAGCAUUAGGUAGACCAGCUAGGAUAUUAUCCGAGAUUUGUAUUGUUGUUAACAAUGCGGGCGUCUUGGUUGUUUAUUUGAUCAUUAUAGGCGAUGUAAUGUCGGGUUCUGUUGAUCAUAUUGGUGUCCUUGAUCAAUGGUUAGGGAACGGUUUUUGGGAUCAUAGGAAAGUAGUUAUUUUAAUCGUGGUGAUUCUUUUUCUUGCACCAAUUUGUGUAUUGGACAGGAUUGAUUCGUUGAGUAUAACUUCAGCUGCUUCGGUAGCUCUUGCAGUUGUGUUCGUCGUCGUUGCUUUUGUUGUGGCGUUUAUUAAGCUCGUUAGAGGUGAAAUCGAACCUCCUAGAAUGACACCUGAUUUUGGAUCAAAAAAAGCGGUUCUUGAUUUACUAGUUGUGAUUCCAAUCAUGUCGAAUGCAUUUGUUUGUCACUUUAAUCUGCAGCCUAUUUAUAACGAGCUUCAAGGACGGUCGCCUGUAAAGAUGAAUAAAGUGGGACGGAUUACAACUGUUGUUUGUGUUUUGGUCUAUUGUUCAACUGCCAUAUCGGGUUACCUUCUUUUCGGUAAUGAAACAGAAUCAGACGUGUUGACCAAUUUUGAUAAACCACUCGGGAUGGAGUUUAGUCCUAUUCUGAACUACAUUGUUCGUGUUGGAUACGUUCUACAUUUGGUUCUUGUUUUUCCAGUUAUUCAUUUUUCCUUGAGACAAACAUUGGAUGCAUUUGCUUUUAAAGAAUCGACUCCUUUACACGAGAGUAGGAAGAGGUGUUUGAUUUGGACUUUUACGCUUUUGGCCCUGAUAUAUCUCGGGUCGACCAUGAUUCCUAGUAUUUGGACUGCAUUUAAGUUGACUGGUGCAACCACGGCAGUUUCAUUGGGUUAUACUUUCCCUGCUUUGGUUGCACUCAAAUUAGGCAGUCAGUAUGGUUUGACGAGCCGAGAGAGACUUUUGGCUUGGUUAAUGCUGUGUUUGGCUAUCCUGGUUAGCGUUGUCGGAGUUAUCAGCAAUAUUUUUAGCAUGCAAAUUGAUUCCUAGUGUACGUGGUGACUGGUCUUUGCAGGUCAAAGUCAAAAGCAUUCUAUUUGUAGGUUGCAGUCUGACCAAGUUUAACUGUAACAAUUAGCAAUACUGGUGUAUUGCUUCCAGAGGCAAGGAUUUUGGGCGCAAAACGGUUGAUUGUCUUAUGGAUGAUGGGUUAUUGUAUGUCAAAGUACAGGGUAACUACGGUACUAAUUCAAUUUGUAUCAGUUGUACAGUUUAUAAGAGAUGACCAAGAAACUAACAAUGUUAAUGAUAUAGAGAGAAUGUAAAGUUAAGAAAUUCAAUCAAUAUACUUCUGAAUA